AAGCCUGUCUACUUUUUGGCUGAAUUUAAAUUCGAAAAAUUUAAGCAUAUAUAAAGCGAAUGAUCAAAUAGUUAGUGUUAGUUGGCUAAUAGUUUUUCGCCAUGAAGGUCGACAAACGAAUGGUUUUUUUAUGCAUGUGCUUCAUAGCAAUGUGGCAGUUUUCCAGUUGCCUUGGUGCAAAGGAUUGCCUGAAGCUUCACAACUUGACCAGUUCCAAAGUGGAGGCAGUGGCUCUGACCACUCAUUUUGCCGCAGUUCCCCUGGAUGUCAAGUGCUACAGCGGAUGUGUGAUCGAGGAGUACUUCGGCGAUGAUGGCAAAAUCGAUCUGCAGAGAGUGGGAAACCGUGGAACCGAGCAAGAGCAGACUAUUCUGGCCCAAUGUAAACAGCAAUUCGAUGGCGUCAACAACUUGGGCAGAUGCGACUAUCCGUAUCUGAUGCUUCAGUGUUUGUUCAUGGGCAAAGCGAGCGGAACGAUCGCGCCGUAAUUCCAACAAAAUAACCAACACUAGUUUACAAAAUAAAAUUGAUCAUUUGCUUCAGGCACGAAA